AUGUUUUUCGACUUCAGUUCCAUCUCGCUUGCCACAACAUCAGCAGCCGUCAUCUCUGCAUUCUUCGUGCACAAGCUUUAUAGUCGUCUAACUCACAUCCGAAGCUUGUCCUUUCUCCCUGGGCCUGACACUGCGAGCUAUUUAUGGGGAGAUUCCGUAGACCUGAAGAAGGCGCGGAUUGGCACGCGUUUCCCUGAGUGGCGAAAACAAUAUGGUCCAACAUAUCUCAUCCGAGAACCCCUCAUGGAGCCCGUCCUCGUUCUGGGCGACCCCAAAGGCGCGUUGUAUGUUCUUAACGAUGCGUCAAAGUAUCAUAGGCCAGACAUAGACAAGCAAGUACUCGACAUUUUGGUAGGAGCUUGCUGUCAUCUGAAGGUGAGCAUGGCUUCGUUGACUCGCAUACCAACCUUGACUGAGAAGAAGAAACUUCCAGGUGAUGAUCAUGCACGAAGACGCAAACGUUUGGCCCCAGCUUUGACGCCGAGCUCUGUCAAAGAAAUAUCUUCUAUUUUCUUCGACCUAAGUCAUCGUCUCUCGGAGAACUGGGAAGACAAGUUGAGCAUUGAGAACGAGGCGCUCAUAGACGUGUCUAAGCAGUUGCACACUUUCUCGCUCGACGCCAUCUCCAUGACCAUGUUCGCGUAUAAUCUCAGCGCAUCAACCGGCACUAUCCCUGAGCUGCUGAGCAACAUCUCGAACGGGCCAUCUCAAGAAGAUACGAUGGGCAGUCGAUUCGCCGCUUUAUUAAUCAGUAGCUUUCCCAGUCUGCUUGCUAUACCAAAUCCGAUGAAAACUUGGGCGACCAAACUACGGACUGAACUCGGUGCGAUUGCCAAGGAUGUGUGGGAUAACGGUGUGGACGGAGUAGAAGUUGGGAUGAAUGCAAAGGUCCUCGAGGUAUUGCGCCAAUCGAGCAAGAACGGAGAGACCAUGACUAGGGAUGAGGCCGUAGCAGAGAUAAUUGGCAUCCUCUUUGCUGGAUCAGAGACCGUUGCAAAUGUCAUGGGCGAACUUCUCUACGAGCUCGCUCACAAGCCUGAGAUACAAUCCAAGCUGCGCGCCGAACUCAUCGCCUUCGAACAAAAGCACGGCGGUCCUCCUACUUAUAAUGACAUUGUGGGUUCUGGCAAGUCAGGUCUAGAGUAUCUUGAAGCAGUCACGCGAGAGACAAUGAGAUGCAAAGCUGUUCUCAUGGAUAUAUCACGUCAGACCGUAGAGGACGACAUCAUACCUCUAAGCACACCACUUCCCGGUUCUGGACAGACGAGCAUCGAAGUUCCUGCCGGCACCACGAUAUCCAUUCCCAUAAGAGAGGGCCUCAAUAUUGAGCCAAGUAUUUGGGGAGAUAACGCCCGAGACUUUGUACCUGAACGUUGGUUAGAGGAAGGCGUUGGAGAGAGAGGCGUUGGAAUAGGCGGAGUCCUGACUUUUGGUGACGGUGCGAAAGUCUGCAUUGGACGUAACUUCGCGCUGGCGGAAUUCAAGAUCCUCGUCUCGGUUUUACUAUGCCGAUUCGAGUUUUCUCCACCUAAGGACGCUAUCCCUGUUGACUUCUACCACCUAGGAGGGAAUACCGUGAAACCGAAAUUGAGAGGCAGGGAGAGCGAAGGUGUUCAGCUACCCCUGAUCAUCAGGCGCAUUUAA